CACGCUUUCACCUUCACCACUGUAUCAUCUCCACAUCCCACAACCGAGCCGUGUCUUCUCCGCCGCUUCCGAAAACAGGGCCGUGUCUGGCCCAAAGAAGGGUGUCCGACACCGUCUCGUGCACGCUACCGCUGAGUGUCCGUGUCCGCACCGCGUCGGAAGCGGAGAAGCACGGCCUCCGAGCCGUGUUGGAGCUUCACUAAAUCUAUUAAUACUCCAUCGAACGGUGAAGGGAACUUGCAGAGUGAUGCAUUUAUCGGAGAUAUCAGGUUCAGGUUUUAAUCAAAUAUUUCAAUGAUGGGCACCUACUGCAAUAAUAACCUAGUGUGUAACUUGUAUUACCCACACUACUCAAUAACCAAUCGUGGUGUUCUGUCUAGAAGAAACUCAUCAUGCCAAAACCCAAUUUAUUUUGGUUUCCACAAACACCGUUUUGGUUCAGUACUAGCUGGUAUUGGUAUGGAGGAAGUUGUUAAAGAAGUGAAUGGAGAAAACGAAAGAAGGUUUAGGUGGAUUGAGGUUGGCAAAAAGGUCACAAUUGAACAACGACAGGCCAUAUCUGAACUUCCUUUCAGGAUGUCCAAUCGAAGUAAAGCCUUGAUGAGACAGAUUAUAUGUUUUUCUGCAGAGAAAGGCACCAUAUCUGAUCUUUUGGAAUCAUGGGUGAGGAUUAUGAACCCUAUCAGAGCAGACUGGCUUUCAUUUCUGAAAGAGUUGAGAAUAAUGGAACAUCCUGUUUACCUUGAGGUUGCAAAACAUGCUCUUCAAGAAGAAUCUUUUGAAGUCAAUAUUCGUGACUAUACAAAGAUAAUUCAUUAUUAUGGCAAGCACAAUCUACUAGAAGAUGCUGAAAAUUUUCUCACACUCAUGAAGGAAAGGGGUUUCAUCUAUGAUCAAGUAAUUCUGACUACCAUGGUGCACAUGUACAGCAAGGCUGGCCAUCAUGACCGGGCCAAGGAGUAUUUUGAAGAGAUCAAACUGCUUGGUGAACCUUUGGAUAAAAGAUCAUAUGGCGCAAUGAUCAUGGCCUACAUCAGAGCUGGAAUGCCUGAAGAAGGAGAGAAUUUACUUCAAGAAAUGGAGACACAAGAAAUAACCGGAGGGAGUGAGGUUUAUAAGGCACUGCUUCGAGCGUACUCUUUAAUUGGCAAUGCUGAAGGUGCACAAAGGGUGUUUGAUGCAAUUCAAUUGGCUGGUAUCACCCCAAAUGAUAAGAUGUGCAGUUUGGUUGUUAAUGCUUAUGCAAUGACUGGACAAAGUCAAAAGGCUCUAAUUGCAUUUGAAAAUAUGAGAAAAGCAAGUAUCAAACCCACUGAUAAAUGCAUAGCUUCAGUAUUGGUUGCUUAUGAGAAGGAAGGUAAAAUAAAUACAGCAUUGGAAUUUCUACUAGAUUUGGAGAAAGAUGGCAUCAUGGUUGGGGAAGAAGCCUCUGCAAUAUUAGCUAAGUGGUUCCGAAAACUAGGGGUGGUGGAAGAGGUGGAGCUCGUUUUAAGAGACUUUGCCACCAGUCACCAGAUAAGUUAAUGUGGAAGUUACUGCAUAUUAUUUAUUUGAAGCUCUAUGGAUCUAUUUUAACUGUUUUGAAAAUGAAUUAAUAUGCAAUGCAAUGAAUAUUUGAACUGUUCUGGAAAAGGUUCUUUGAUGAAA